CCUCCGCACACGCGGCCCGCUUACUCUCAACGGGGCAGCCAUGAGCUCCUCGUCCGCCGGCUCGCCCAUCUCCGUGCCCGUCGCCAUCGUGCUGGGCCUGCUCUCCUCCUUCGUCCAGUCUCUCGGCCUCACGCUGCAGCGCAAGUCGCACCUGCAGAACGCGGCGCUGGCGCCCGAGGCUCAGCGCAGCUCGACGCGCCGGCCACUCUGGCUCGUCGGCUUCGGCAUCUUUCUGCUCGCCAACAUCGGCGGCAGCGUGUUCCAGAUUGGCGCACUGCCCAUCGUCCUGCUGGCGCCGCUCGGCGCCGUCAGCCUGCUCUUCAACGCGCUCCUGGCGCGCUUUCUGCUCGACGAUCUCGUCAGCUGGAGGGUCGUGGGCGGCACCGUGCUAAUCGCCGUCGGCGCCGUGCUGAUCGCGUACUUUGGCGUCGUGCCCGAGUCGCCGCACUCGCUCGACGAGCUGCUGGCGCUCUAUGCGCGGCCGGCGUUCAUCGCAUUCGCCAGCAUCUGGCUGCUGGCGUUCCUCGGCGUGCUCAUCGUGGCACACCUCGCCGAAUGGUCGCUGCAUGCGCGCUUGCAGCGCCUCGGCGACGGACCCGGCAAACGCCGGCGGCGACGGCGCGGCAGCAGCAGUGACUCUUCCCGGCGUCUGCUGCAGCGGCGCUGGUCAGCACCGUCGCUGGCGCCCGUGGCCGAGGUGUCCGAGAGCACCAGCGGCGUCGCUACACCCGUUCUCGCCAUCAUCGAUGCGCAGGCGCGGCGCGAGCUCGAUGCCGCGGCGGAGGCCGCACCGCUGCUCUCUCCCGCGCGGAGCAAGGCCGACUACGGUGCGCUCUCGCGCUCGCCGCGUCGCCGGCCCGCCUCGAGCGAGCCUUCGGCCGCGGCACUCGCCGCCUUCAUGGCCGACCCUGCGGUGCGGCGCACGCGCCUGGGCCUCAGCGUGGCAUAUGGCGGCGCCAGCGGCACGCUUUCGGGCAUGUGUCUGCUGCUUGCCAAGAGCGGCGUCGAGCUGCUCGAGCUCACGUUUGGCGGCGACAAUCAGUUCAACCGCUGGCAGAGCUGGAUGCUUCUGGGCAUCAUGCUCAGUGCUGCCGUGCUGCAGCUCUGGUACCUCAACAAGGCCCUCACGCUCGCGGACCCGACGCUCAUCUGUCCGCUGGCCUUUUGCUUCUACAACACGUCGUCCAUCGUGCUCGGCCUGGUGUACUUUGACCAGCUCGGCUCGCUCAGCGCGCUCUCCAUCCUCCUCGUCGUGCUCGGCACCAUCAUUCUGCUCUCUGGCGUCUGGCUCGUCAGUCUGCAUUCGCACGCCGCGCCGGCCGCCGCCGACGGCGCCGACACCGAAGUCACUGCGUCGCCCGAGACGUCCAUGCUCUCGCCUGCCGGCGCAGACGCCACCGAGACGACUGCGCUGCUGGGCGCCAACGCCGCGGGCAUCGCUGGGCCGCAUCUGCCGCCAGUUUCGGCGGCCUCGGAGGACAUCACGCCGCCAACGAGCCCGACGACCAGUCGUCUUGGCUCUCCCCGUGCGCGGAGACACUCGCGCAGCGCCUCACUGGGCAUUGCAGGCCUCGGCCUCGUGCUGCCCGACUCGCCGCUCCACACCUCGGUGCACUUCGACGUCGAGCAGUCGCGCGCCAAGCCUCGCGAAUCGCUUACCUCGCAACGCCGCACGCUCUACUCGAUGCUCCUGCAGCGCGGGCUCAGCAUCGGCAUCUCGCCCUCGUCGCCCGGCUUCCACAUCCAUCCGCCGCCCGAGACGCUGCAGCAUCUGCUCGCGGAGCGCGCCGCGGCCGCCGCGGCCGAAGAGGCGGCCGAGGACGCAGAGGCAUGGCGCAGACGGCCGCGUCGUACGCUCAGCGAGGGCGACGCGCUGCAUGUCGAGGCGGCGCGUGGAGCGGCGUUGGCGCGUGCAGAGGAGAUGCGAGAGCAGGGCACGCAGGAACCACUGCCAGUCGUGGUGGUGCAGGAUGCAGAAGAGUCGGCGCUGGUCGAAGAGGAGGAGGAGGAGGCACAAGCGCAAGAGGAGGAAGAACAACAGCCUCAAUCGAGCGCCUGGACGCUGCUGCCGCGCGCACUCGACUAUGCGGCACUCUCGGCUCGGCUGCGACGAUUGAGGAGCAGCAGUGGCGCCGAGUCUUCUUCCACGCAAGAGCCAGACGCAGAGCCGCACGACGUCGAGACUGGCACGGCUCCCGCCGCGCCGCGCCGCUCCUGGCUGAGCUGGCGCUGAAGUGAGGCCUCUUGCCCCCUUCUUUUUUUCUCCCUUCACGACUCCCCCGGGCAGCAGCUGGCCUAGCAGGAAGCAGCAUUCGAGAAUGUAAUUGAUACCCCCGCGU